AUGAGCUCAAUCGACGAGUUUCGCAAAUAUAAGUUUGAGGAAGAUGAAGAGUUUAACGCACGUCUUUGCCAAAUGGACAACGCUUCAUACCUAACCUUUGCCAAAGCAAUUCCUCAGCAAUAUCGGGAUCUCUCCGGAUCCUACCCAACAACAAAGCAGGCAGAGGAGCCUGUUCUUACAUUUGCAGAAAUUAAACAUCUCAUUGAAACCGGCCAGGCCCAUCUUAUCCCAAAUAACAAGGUUAUUCCUGACAAGAUCAACGACGAGACGCCUAGUAGAUCCAUUGCCCCGGUGAGGCGAAAGCCCUGGGAGGUAGCGCAAACGAAUGAAGCCAACGUUACACAGACAUAG